CGCCCGAUCAGCUUCCGGGACUCCGAGGGCAGCGCGGGCGAGGAGCCGGAGGCGAGCGAGGUGCGGAGCCGCGGUUAUGCCAUCUGGCUCAUGUAACCAGAGGAAACUUGGCACCCACAUUCAACUGGAAUGACCGUCAAUUCACAAAACAUCCUAUAUUCUCUCUGCCAAGAACAAAGUGACAACUGAUCUCAAUGUCUCAGUGAUGCUGUCCUAGGACAUCAGGCAACUCUCUUCCACCUGAUGAUCCAGGAAUUUGGACUCCUUCUGUCUUGAGUUCCUGCCAUCUUCUUGGACAUCAGAAUCUUGGUUCAAGCUGCCUAAGCAUUAGAAGAGUAAAGAAGGUAUGCACACUUCUUACGACGCCUAGCCCGAAUUGAAAGCAGAAUCUUGAAGAGGUAUUUGUACAGCAAUACUCACAACAGCCCAGAGGGGAGAACAACGCAAACGUCCAUCCAUGGAUGAUGAACAGGUCACUUCAGCUCUGUACCUUCGUCUUCUCAUCCCUAAAAUGGGAAGAAUGAGAGCACCUACUCUGUGGAGAGUCAUGAGGAAUGAAUGAGUUAAUAUCUGUACAGCGCCUGGCACAUCGGCAGGCCAAGCCGUAUCCAGAUACCCCCUCCUAUUGUUUCUGGGCUUAAGACCUGGCCUGAGGAGAGAAGCCCGAGCACUCUGAGGCCAUCACACCCCGAGGGAUCCACAGCCAGUCGCAGGUGUUGCGGCCUCGGCAGGCCAGGCCCCUGAUGGAGGAAUGAAGAAGCUGCCCAGAUGUUCAGGCCCCAGAAGUCACGACCUGCGGAAACCUGGAGGAGUCCGGCUGACAGCCAGAACUGCGGGUCCAGACCUACACCCCCAGAGCGUCAUUUCAAAUAAAUUAACAUUUUCAUCUCAACUGACUUCAGUGGGCCCAAAGAAACCUUCAUACAACGAGAAGAGAGAAGAGUUAGCUUUGGAAUCAAACCCUUCUGACCAUCCAAGGGCAAGCACAAUUUUCCUGAGCAAAUCUCAAACGGAUGUGCGAGAAAAGAGGAAGAGCAACCAUUUAAACCAUGUAUCUCCAGGGCAGCUUACUAAAAAGUAUAGCUCAUGCUCAACAAUAUUUCUAGAUGACAGCACAGUCAGCCAACCUAAUCUUAGAACCACAAUAAAAUGUGUGACCUUAGCAAUAUAUUACCACAUAAAGAACAGAGAUGCAAAUAGAUCCUUGGAUAUUUUUGAUGAGCGAUCACAUCCACUCACAAGAGAACAGGUUCCAGAGGAAUACUUUAAGCAUGAUCCUGAACACAAAUUUAUUUACAGAUUUGUUCGUACUCUUUUCAGUGCUGCACAGCUAACAGCCGAGUGUGCAAUAGUAACUUUGGUUUACUUAGAAAGGCUUUUAACUUAUGCUGAGAUCGACAUUUGUCCCACUAACUGGAAAAGAAUUGUUUUGGGAGCCAUUCUUCUUGCCUCCAAGGUUUGGGACGAUCAGGCUGUAUGGAAUGUGGACUACUGCCAGAUCCUCAAGGACAUUACAGUUGAGGACAUGAAUGAGAUGGAAAGGCAUUUUUUGGAGCUACUUCAGUUUAAUAUUAAUGUUCCCGCCAGUGUUUAUGCCAAAUACUACUUUGACCUUCGCUCCUUAGCCGAUGACAACAACUUGAAUUUUCUAUUUGCUCCUCUUAGCAAAGAAAGAGCACAAAACCUAGAGGCCAUUUCCAGAUUGUGUGAAGACAAAUACAAAGACUUGUGUAGAGCCGCUAUGAGAAGGUCUUUCAGCGCUGAUAACUUCAUUGGCAUUCAGCGCUCUAAUGCCAUCCUCUCUUAAGGGAGAAGGGAGGGGUUGUAACAUCAUGAACCCCUCAAUCUACAGGGACUGGAGAAAUACCACCUCUCCUGCUCAAAAACCAGCAAAGUUAGUAUUUUCAUCUAAAAGAAAGACCUCGAAUUCAAGAAACUCAUGGACCGCAAGGAUUAUGGUCACAGGAAAGAAUGGGACCUUGUUAAUGCAACACACUCUUUUGUCCUUUUUAAUGUAAACAGAGUUACAAAAACCACUCCAAAGCAAAAGCUCCAACCCACACACGGUUAUCUGCUUACCAUGUAGGCUGAUAGCUGUGAACUAAGUGAGGUUUUUUUUUUUAACAGCUUAAAUUUUUAAACUUUAAAGACACUAACUAUAUAACUUUUAUGUUUUUCCUAUUUUUCUUGCCCCUUCCCCCCAUAUUGCUGCAUAUUUCUUUAGCAUCAAUGCAGUAUUACCAACCGUGAAAACAUGGGACUCCUCUAACAACUCAUAAAGCCACUUAGGAACAGACUGUAGCAUUGUCUUAGGUAUUGAAGGGUUCUUCCUACUUGAUCACUGAAGCUGCUAGUCAUUAUUGGCAAUCAGUUUAAACCAAAAAGCUGCUGGAUAACACUUGUCACUCAAAUUCUUUGCAAGCACUACUUAUUACCAUAUUAGUAUAUUUAGGGUCAUAAACAGAGAAAGUAUGUUAUUGAUGAUUAUCUACUUCUAUUGGGUCCACGCUGCAUUUCUUGUGAACUAUAAUAACGGUGCUUCUCAUUUUCUGAUGAUUUUCCUCUUUAUUAAAUACCUGUCUUAAAAGAUAUUUUUACAAUGCCAACCAACAUGGUGGUCCAGUGGUAACAAGCAGGUAGUGAAAAGAAGGUGUCCUGAAAACCUUAGUGCAGCUUUAAGCUUUAACCUAGUGUGCUUGGGCCCUCUGGGGCACAGCUGAAGGAUAAAUGCUACACACUGAUAAAACACCAUUUAAAAGUUUAGUUGUUUGUUGUAAACAUACCUACUUUUGUAAAUUUUAAAUAUGAAGCUUUUCAUUUUAGUAUUUUUGUUUCAGCCCCUCUUGAAGAUGGCACAUAUUGGCUGAAACAAAAAAAUUAAAAUGAAAAUCUUAGUAUAUGAGGCUUUUCAUUUUAGUAUUUUUGUUUCAGCCCCUCUUGAAGGUGGCACAUAUUGGCUGAAACAAAAAUACUAAAAUGAAAAGUCUCAUAUACUAAGCUUUUCAUUUUAAUUUUUUUGUUUCAGCCCCUCUUGAAGAUGGCACACAUUGGCUAAAACAAAAAAAACUAAAAUGAAAAGCUUAGUAUUUAAAAUUUACAAAACUGGGUAGGUUUCCAAGAAAUAAUUAAACUUUCAAAUGGUGUUUUAUCACUGUGUAGCAUUCAUCCUUCCACAGGUAUCAAAGCUUAAAAUUGCACUAAGACUGGAAGGAUGCCUUGUAUCUUCAUAGACACGCCCUCCCCUUUUUAAAAUCAUUCUUUGCAGGGCUGUGCUGCUUACCUGCUUUGGUCACCAGAAUUUCUUUUUCCUACAUUUGUAAAGAGUAUGAAGAGCAGUGAUAAUUCACAUGUAACAAACCAAAAGGAACUGGACUCUAAUAGUAGUCAUCUGAAAGUAGGGGGUCUGGAACAGCUACUCUAGCCUGCCCGGUAACCUGGCUGGAGGGGGGCUCAUUUCGAGUCCUGCUGUUUAAGAGGAACCCUCACCUCAGGCUUUAAAGGGAAGGGAGUUAAGUAAUCAAUCUUUUAGGAGAUUGGUAAUGAUGUCACUUAAACUUGAAAUGUUAAAAAAAAAAAAAAAAAGUGUUCUUAACUAUGUGAAAUCUUUCUCCUACCUUCUCAAAUGUAAUCCUAGGAAUUUUGCCUGUAAACAUAGCAUUUCUGGGCCAGGAAUACUUUCUCCAUAUAGCAAGUCUUCAUUAUUAUAUUGAGUGCUGCAGGUUCCAUCAUUUUUAAAGGACAGACACACAAAUGAUAAAUAACAGUAUAUAAAAUACUACAAUCUACCACCUCAAAAAACAUUGUUUAUGGAGUUUGGAGCUUGGAGAUUCAAGUAUUGAUUGCAGUUUUAUUUUGAAAAGAAUGCUACAACUUACGUGGUUUUUCUUCCUCAUGUUUAUAUUAAAAGCUAAUAAACUCUAUUUUAAUUAAAA